AUGGAUCUGAACCCGUGGCAGCACAACCUGCACGAGCUCGUGGCCGAAGGCGCAAUAGGCUGCGCCGUCUUUGACGUCACGAUCCCGCCCUACGAUGACCUCGAUCGCCAUGGGAACCACUACAAGGUCAUCAAGCCCCAAGACGAUCUGGACGACGUGUUUGUGCUUCAGACAACCGAUGGUCCCGAGGCAUAA